CUAACUCUCUUUUCCGUCUUUACCAAUGCAAUUCAACUUUAACCUGAUUUGAAGUAGACAAAGAGUGAACCUUUGGCUGCUUUGGGAAGAGAUUUGAGAUAACAACUUAGGAAGAAGACGCAUUGAGGUAUCAGACAGACAGAGAGAGAGGGAGAGGGAGGGAGAGAUGGGAUCUGGGGCUGGAACUGCAAGUUUCUUGAAGGUGGUUCUCAAAAACUUUGAUAUUCUUGCCUGGCCUGUGGUUAGCCUUGUUUAUCCUCUAUACGCCUCAGUUCGGGCAAUCGAGACCAAAUCUCCUGUCGAUGAUCAGCAAUGGCUUACUUAUUGGGUUCUGUACUCCAUGAUCACGCUCUUCGAGCUCACUCUAGCCAAAGUCCUUGAAUGGAUUCCUAUCUGGCCAUAUGCAAAGCUAAUCUUGAUCUGCUGGUUGGUUAUCCCAUACUUCAGUGGUGCUGCAUAUGUAUAUGAGCAUUACGUGAGACCUUUCUUCAUCAAUCCACAGACUGUAAACAUCUGGUAUGUCCCAAGGAAGAAGGACGCCUUCAGUAAGCCAGAUGACAUUCUUACUGCUGCAGAGAAAUAUAUUGCUGAGAACGGGACAGAACAGUUUCAGCAUAUUAUUAACAAGGCUGACAAGUCCAGGAGUGAAGGCCACUCAAUCUUUAACUAGGGUCUUCGAUAUUGAGCCUUGUAGCUCUGAGCAUGUUUUGCCAUCUGGUUUCUUGUGGAGAAAAGGAUGUUCGUGGUUAAUGCUUGGUAUUUCUGUUUCUUGUUUGAAACAAUCUUUGUUUAUUGUAAAAAGUUGCUUAAUGUCUUAGUUUACUGUAUGUAAUUAGCAAAGGGUGCCUCGCAUUUCCUUUUUUCCGUGCAUCAGUACUCUAUGGUACAGUUUUGCCUACCCGGCUAUGCUAACUUGAAUUAAGCACUAUAUUGCUAAACCAUACAGUUUUUCCAA